AUGUACCAGUCUCAGGCCGGCAGUCAGUGUCUCGGGACUCGCUGUAUCGGACCCGGCGCCAUGUUAGCAGCGCGCAGGAGCGGGGACCAGCUGGGAGCAACCAACUCACACCGCGGGGGGAACCAAUGUCUGCUUCACUCCACCCGACUAUCCCUGUCUGCCGUACAGGCUGCUCUAACCAUACACUGCAAGGCUUUCACAAUAACUAAAUAAUUACCGGUCUAUUAAAAACCUCUAGCUGUCCGCAGACUAUACAUUUCAAAUAACCCCCCCCCCCGUGCGGUAUAGUGGUCUCUCCCAAUGCCCUCUAUCCCUGUGCUGGGAGCUCAGUGUGCAGCCUGGGCCGAACACACAGCGGUGAGUGCCACUUACCUGCCCUGGGGGACUGACACGGGGCCCCCGGGAGCCCUGAUACAUGGCAACCCCCGGGAGCCCUGAUACAUGGGGCCCCUGGGAGCCCUGAUACACGGCAACCCCCGGGAGCCCUGAUACACGGCAACCCCCGGGAGCCCUGAUACAAGGCAACCCCCGGGAGCCCUGAUACAAGGCAACCCCCGGGAGCCCUGAUACAAGGCAACCCCCGGGAGCCCUGAUACAAGGCAACCCCCGGGAGCCCUGAUACAAGGCAACCCCCGGGAGCCCUGAUACACGGCAACCCCCGGGAGCCCUGAUACAAGGCAACCCCCGGGAGCAGCUGUUAUCAGGGACAUUAUACCAACCUCAUAUAAUGCAGCCCAUGGCUACUACAGGGGCAUACCCUGAUACCCUACACCCCAUUAUAAAUGAGAGGUGGGCAUACCCUGAUACCCUACACCCCAUUAUAAAUGAGAGGUGGGCAUACCCUGAUACCCUACACCCCAUUAUAAAUGAGAGGUGGGCAUACCCUGAUACCCUACACCCCAUAAUAAAUGAGAGGUGGGCAUACCCUGAUACCCUACACCCCAUUAUUAAUGAGAGGUGGGCAUACCCUGAUACCCUACACCCCAUUAUUAAUGAGAGGUGGGCAUACCCUGAUACCCUACAAGCCAUUAUAAAUGAGAGGUGGGCAUACCCUGAUACCCUACACCCCAUUAUAAAUGAGAGGUGGGCAUACCCUGAUACCCUACACCCCAUUAUAAAUGAGAGGUGGGCAUACCCUGAUACCCUACACCCCAUUAUAAAUGAGAGGUGGGCAUACCCUGAUACCCUACACCCCAUAAUAAAUGAGAGGUGGGCAUACCCUGAUACCCUACACCCCAUUAUUAAUGAGAGGUGGGCAUACCCUGAUACCCUACACCCCAUUAUUAAUGAGAGGUGGGCAUACCCUGAUACCCUACAAGCCAUUAUAAAUGAGAGGUGGGCAUACCCUGAUACCCUACACCCCAUUAUAAAUGAGAGGUGGGCAUACCCUGAUACCCUACAAGCCAUUAUAAAUGAGAGGUGGGCAUACCCUGAUACCCUACACCCCAUUAUAAAUGAGAGGUGGGCAUACCCUGAUACCCUACAAGCCAUUAUAAAUGAGAGGUGGGCAUACCCUGAUACCCUACACCCCAUAAUAAAUGAGAGGUGGACAUACCCUGAUACCCUACACCCCAUUAUUAAUGAGAGGUGGGCAUACCCUGAUACCCUACAAGCCAUUAUAAAUGAGAGGUGGGCAUACCCUGAUACCCUACACCCCAUUAUAAAUGAGAGGUGGGCAUACCCUGAUACCCUACAAGCCAUUAUAAAUGAGAGGUGGGCAUACCCUGAUACCCUACACCCCAUUAUAAAUGAGAGGUGGGCAUACCCUGAUACCCUACAAGCCAUUAUAAAUGAGAGGUGGGUAUAUCCUGAUACCCUACACUCAAUGACUCGUGAGAAAAGGAUAGUCUAAGGUUCAGAUCACAAUCUACCUUACUCUAGUUUAGGAUGGAUAGUGCAGAAUUUUUAAGUAAAUGCUCAAUUAAAGUGUGUAUAAAUAUACUAUCAGGGCUCAGAAUUUCCUCUAGCCAUUAGUGAGUGAACAUUUAGCCCUGGUGAGCAUACCAUGGCUUGCAGUUGUGAGCAACCUCUAAGGCCUGGCUAGUAGCAAAGCCCUGCUAUUUAUUUAUUUAUCUAUUUUAAUGGAGGGUUCCCAAUUAUGUAUAGUUUUUUCAAGCAUUUCCCUUUCAGAAGUUAACUAAACUCUCUUUUAUUCCAGUUCCGGGAGGGUCACCUCACUGCACCUAUUAUCCUUGUCCUGUGAAGUCUUCAUUACUGAAGGCUGGAACACGCGGCACAUGCUGCAGCAAUUGCUGCAUUUCGCCAACAAUGCUUCUCUUAGCGAACACUCACUUAAAGGGACACUGUAGUCACUAUAACCACUUUGUCUCUUUGAAUUGGUUAUAGUGCCUGGAGUGCCCUGGCAUUGUCCCUCCAUUCAGUGUUGCACCAUGUUUGUGCAGUAUGCCACAAAAUAAGAGUCCCUGGCCACCCACAGUCCCGCCCCUUCUGUAUGUGUAGCUAAGGCAGAGAUUACACACUUCCUUGUUGUCAUACCCAUUCAUACCGUCAGUUGGAGCUCUGACAGGUUAAAAGCAGUCAGCUGACACUCUCAGCCAAUCACAGCUGCACAUUGCUGCUCAGGGUAAUCAUUCCUUAUUAGCCAAAUCAGCACAGAGGGGAUGGACUGCCGUGGUGUCUUGUUUAGCAUUAAAACAUGACAACAUUAAAAACUGUUUAAUGCUGAAAGAAAUGAUGGCACCAGGGGACUCCAUACACUAUAACCAGCUUAAUGAGAUGAAGCAGAUACAGUGCCUACGGUGUCCCUUCACUUAAGCGAGAGUAAGGCAGAAAAACCAUCCAGCUUUAUGACAGCCAGGAAGUGUUACUAAGGUGAUUUUAAAAAAAUGCCCAUUCCUUUGUCCUAAAAUAAACCCACAGGGACAAACUUGUUGAAGGCCAUGCUCAGACAGUUAAACCUAAAUGUCAAGUUUAUUAUCUAUUAUUUUAUUAUAUAUUUAGCACCAGCAAAUUCUGUAGUGCUGUACAAUCCGGGUCCUAAUUAAAAGAUGUGGCACCCAUGGCAGUCCCUUCCACAGAUUGUAUUAAACAAGCAGCUCAUAGGAAGAAUAAGCCUGGCAGUAACGUUCGUAAUGAACUGUGAAUGGGAAAUAUGGGCAAGUAAUUUGUUGCAUCAUGUGUUGUAAUUUGUUUGAUAUUAUUUGUUUUUGCUUGCAGUGGCCAUGGUGAAUAUUAUUGGUAUUGUGCGUGAGCACUGGCCUGCUGUUCUUGUUCCAAUGGGAUUUGUGAUUGGAUGGUACUUGGACCGAAGAAACAAUGAAAAAUUGUCUAUGUUCAGAAAUAGAAGUGUCCUUUACAGAAGGUGAGAUCUGGAUGUCUUAAAGCAGGUCUCAAAAUGUGUUUAAAAAAAAAACAAAAAAACAGUUAUGGAUCUGUGGGGUUGAUUACUUUCAGAACCCUUAAUGAUCCUUUUACAGGAAAGGAUAUUUGUGGCACACUAGCUUUUAAAUGUAAGAGCAGCCAAUGUGUAUUUCCACCACUGAUCUAAAAUGAUGCAGAAACUUACUAAUGUUGUUUUAGUAAAUAUGAAAUAAUUUUAUUAUUUAUGUAUCACCAACGAAUAAGCAGCACUACAUGCACUGGGAAUAUUUUAUUCUUUAAUAUUUGAAGGCUUUUUACAUUUUAUUUAAAUGGCAAUUAAACCUCCCUUCAUUCCAGCUCCAAGUCAGUCUCCACAGAGCAGCUGCUACAACUCUGGUAACAUUAUCAGUAGUGAUGACAUCUGUUCAACCCAACAGAAACAAAAGACCUUGCACACUGAUGCCGCAUUCAAGGUCCGACCUGCGUGGGGAGAACACCGCUGAAUCCACCAAUUUUAAACUUGAAAGUAGAAGGACACAGGCGACCCUAUGAGAUCAAGAAGGUGAAAUUUUUUUUUUUUUUUUUUUUUUAUUAGUGGGAUCACCACUUCACAAAGUUGCAACGUUUCGGCUCAGUAGAGCCUUAUUUAAAACGUCACAACUUUGUGAAGUGGUGUUCCCACUAAGAAAAAUGUCACCUUCUUGAUCUCGGAGUGUCGCCUGUGUCCUUCUACUUUCGAGUCUGUUCAAUCCAGUCCUUCUCGUAGAGAAGCACUGUGGACAGAAUGCGCACGAACGUCAGUUGUGGCACUCCACCAAUUGGAUGCCUCUCCCAGAGAACCAUUAGAUCUAAUACUUCUCUAUGAGAAUCAUUAAAGUUAUUUUGGUGUAGGGUGGCAGCAGAGAGCGGCAGGUGCUGGUAGCGCUAUGUAAGAGGGGGGCUGGUGCAAUAUUUCAAUUAUCUCUGGAGGCAGUAGGGAGAUAGAUGCUAAGAGGAAGUGUAACGACCGUUUCAGCACACAAGGGGUUAAAAACCGUUUAGGCUAUAUUCCCCUUUUAAAUACACAAACAGCUACUGCAAGCACCAAUCUCACGAAUUGCAAACACACGAAUUCACCAACUCCCGAACACACGAAUGCUGUUAAACAGCCGAACAGGAAAAACCAUACGAACAGCAUACAAUCCAAUUCCCCCCAAGAACGAGACAACACUCCGUUUGAGGGUCAAACAGAACUGAUUUACUGGGGCUACCUGCCCGGCUUUUAUGCAGGUCUCCCACCUGGUGGACACUCCCCUAGGGGACCAGAUGGAAGACUGGGAAACAUAUUGGACAUUGACCAAUCACAAGCUUACAAUCCCACAAUGCAUCACAAUCCCUCCUCUCUGUCCUGGAGAUAAUUGGGAAGUAAUCCAAUUAUCUCCAAGGACAGAGGCAAUACUCCAUUAACCACAUGGCAGACAAAGGAAAGUAAAAGACAUAAAGUUAUAUUUAGAACAUAAACAUUCUACCUAUCCCCAGAUCGCUUAGAUCUGAGCGCCCAUUACUACCGGAUAGCGCUCAGAUCACAUACAGUUGCAAGAAAAGGUAUGUGAACCCUUUGGAGUGAUAUGGAUUUCUGCACAAAUUGGUCAUAAAAUGUGAUCUGAUCAUCAUCUAAGUCACAACAACAGACAAUCACAGUCUGCUUAAACUAAUAACACACAAAGAAUUAAAUGUUGCCAUGUUUUUAUUGAACACACCAUGUAAACAUUCACAGUGCAGGUGGGAAAAGUAUGUGAACCCUUGGAUUUAAUAACUGGUUGAACCUCCUUUGGCAGCAAUAACUUCAACCAAACGUUUCCUGUAGUUGCAGAUCAGACGUGCACAACAGUCAGGAGUAAUUCUUGACCAUUCCUCUUCACAGAACUGUUUCAGUUCAGCAAUAUUCUUGGGAUGUCUGGUGUGAAUCGCUUUCUUAAGGUCAUGCCACAGCAUCUCAAUCGGUUUGAGGUCAGGAGUCUGACUGGGCCACUUCAGAAGGCGUAUUUUCUUCUGUUUAAGCCAUUCUGUUGUUGAUUUACUUCUAUGCUUUGGGUCAUUGUCCUGUUGCAACACCCAUCUUCUGUUGAGCUUCAGCUUGUAUACAGAUGGCCUUAAGUUCUCCUGCAAAAUGUCUUGAUAAACUUGGGAAUUCAUUUUUCCUUCGAUGAUCGCAAUCCAUCCAGCCCUGACGCAGCAAAGCAGCCCCAAACCAUGAUGUACCCACCACCAUACUUCACAGUUGGGAUGAGGUUUCGAUGUUGGUGUGCUGUGCCUUUUUUUUCUCCACACAUAGUGUUGUGUGUUUCUUCCAAACAACUCAACUUUGGUUUCAUCUGUCCACAGAAUAUUUUGCCAAUACUGCUGUGGAACAUCCAGGUGCUCUUGUGCAAACUGUAAACGUGCAGCAAUGUUUUGUUUGGACAGCAGUGGCUUCCUCUGUAGUAUCCUCCCAUGAAAUCCAUUCUUGUUUAGUGUUUUACGUAUUAUAGAUUCGCUAACAGGGAUGUUAGCAUUUGCCAGUGACUUUUGUAAGUCUUUAGCUGACACUCUAGGAUUCUUCUUCACCUCAUUGAGCAGUCUGCGCUGUGCUCUUGCAGUCAUCUUUACAGGACGGCCACUCCUAAGGAGAUUAACAGCAGUGCUGAACAUUCUCCAUUUGUAGACAAUUUGUCUUACCGUGGACUGAUGAACAACAAGGCUUUUGGAGAUACUUUUAUAACCCUUUCCAGCUUUAUGCAAGUCAACAAUUCUUAAUCGUAGGUCUUCUGAGACCUCUUUUGUGCGAGGCAUCAUUCACAUCAGGCAAUGCUUCUUGUGAAAAGUAAACCAAGAACUGGUGUGUGUGUUUUAUAGGACAGGGCAGCUGUAAGCAACACCUCCAAUCUCAUCUCAUUGAUUGGACUCCAGUUAGCUGACAUCUCACUCCAAUUAGCUCUUGGAGAUGUCAUUAGUCUAGGGGUUCACAUACUUUUUCCACCUGCACUGUGAAUGUUUACAUGGUGUGUUCAAUAAAAACAUGGCAACAUUUCAUUCUUUGUGUGUUUAUUAGUUUAAGCAGAGUGUGAUUGUCUAUUGUUGUGACUUAGAUGAUGAUGAUGAUCAUAUCACAUUUUAUGACCAAUUUGUGCAGAAAUCCAUAUCAUUCCAAAGGGUUCACAUACUUUUUCUUGCAACUGUAAAUACCGUACAAUUGCCAUGGAGCCAAAGUCCUUCAUACAGUCUUUCAGUAUACGGCUGGGCUCCAUGGCAUAGCUAUCUGGGGUAGCACGGUUUAAACAGUAAAGUACCUAAUGGACCGGUGUUCGGAUAAUUGACUGCAGGUAGGAGAAGGGAGGUUGGCGGCUCAGCGGUGUUCGUGACUUUAACAGUCCGCAGAAAGGCACGAACCAGCCUUUCUGCAGGGAAAAAGAACCAUGUUAAACAUGGGGCCAUAGUAUAAAGGGAGCAGGCGAGCAACCAGGCUCCUUCAGUGGCGAGGUUGGUUCCGCCACAGGAAGCACUGGCCUUGCUGCCCGGGAUAUAGUUAUCGUGAUUUAAUAGAUCAUGCCCACACAUUAGUUAAACCGUGAGCACUUGUUAAGUAUCGCAUGGGCACGAUCUGCUAAAUUGCACACAUGACGCAGGACAUCAACACAACAACAAAAAAUAAAUAUAUAUUAUCCCCGGGUCUCUUUAGUAAUGAGUGUGGAUUGAUGCAAAAAAAAAAUAUUCAAACAAUUGUAGCAUUGCUGUGUCAACUGUAUAACUGUUGUUUGCAAACUUUGGAGAAUGAUAUUGUAUAUGAUGUAUUAUUUCCAUCUGACAUCUACAAUAAAAACAAUUGUAGCAUAAGGCUGCACCAUAAAAAAAUGAAGUGCUCCAAAUACUUGCUGAACGCACUGUAAGUGGUAUGUCUAGUUAAAUAUUGCAACCCUAGUUCGAUGUGGAGAUGACCAAUAUGAGGAUGUUUAAAGAACAACAGCCAUCACAAUUUUCACUAAUGAAUUUUAAAAAGGUUAUUACAUUAUUAUAACUUAAGGUGUUAUAUAUCUAAAAUGUUAUUUUAAAUGUAAUCUAGUUAAACAGUCAUGACUCUGUCAUGAGACCAAUUGCUGUCCACCCUAAUUUGUGUGUUGCUAAAGUUUCAUACUAAGCAAUCACUGCAGCAGACAAAAGUGCAUUUUGCAAUAGAAAUUGGCACUUUAUUAAAGGAUCACUACAGGGUCAGGGACACAAACAUGUAUUCCUGACCCUAUAGUGUUAAAACCACUAUCUAGCCCCCUGAGCUCCUCAUGCCUCCAUAAAUAUAGCAAAAUCUUACUGUGUUCAAGCCUGAAGCUGUAACUCUGCAUGCUGUUUGUCUCAGAAAAACAAGCAGUCUGCUGACAUCAUCAGAAGUGUUAGCCUGAUCCAAUCACAAUGCUUCCCCGUAGGAUUGGCUGAGACUGACAAAGAGGCAGAUCAGGGGCAGAGCCAGCAUGAUUCAAACACAACCCUGGCCAAUCAGCAUCUCCUCAUAGAGAUGAAUUGAAUCAAUGAAUCUCUAUGAGGAAAGUUCAGUGUCUGCAUGCAGAGGGAGGAGAUACUGAAUGUUUGGAUGCAUUUUAGGCAGCCAUGACCCAGCAAGGAUCUUUAACAGCCAUCUGAGGAAUGGCCAGUGAAGUUAUCACUAGGCUGUAAUGUAAACACUGCAUUUUCUCUGAAAAGACAGUGUUUACAGCAAAAAGCCUGAAGGUAAUGAUUCUACUCCCCAGAACAAAUUCAAUAAGCUGGAGUUGUUCUGGAGACUAUAGUGUCCUUUUUAAAUUAACCUUGGUAUACAACCACUGGAAGUAAAUCAGACAUCCGGUCCAGGGACUUGCAAAGACUUCACAUUGAGUUGAUUGGGAAGUCUGAUUGGACAGCCACAGAAUGUCUGGGCUAGGAAGGAGGGUGAGUGCUUGCACAUUCUGCAGACGAGAGAUGUGAAAAAAAAAUGCUUAAUAAAAGGCAUACGUAUUUUCAUCAUUCGACGUGUAUCUACAAAUUAGCUAUUCAUUUAUUUUUGUAUUUAGGAUUUUGAGUACUCUCUUAAGUUGACCACCACAUGAUCAGAUAACAGUCUGAGCAAGCACAGCUGUUCAGCCUAAUAAAGUAAAAUAAAAAAUCAGUUUCAUAACUGAUUUGAUAACAGUAGGCUCUGAGAGCUUUGCCUGCAAGCUUACAAUCUAAAGGGAUAAGGGGGAGGCACAUGGCAUGACCCAGAUAUGGCAAACCGUACAAAAAUUUGUUUUAUCACUUUUCAUGGGUUGGCACCAGGGCACUUGCAUGGAGUGUUCCCUUAAACAAAAUUAGAGCUAUGUUCUAGUGAGCAUCUUGGCAGUUUAUACCCUAAACCAGGCUUCCUCAAAUUCCGGCCCCCCAGAUGUUGCAGCAUUACAACAUCCCAUGAUUCUAUGAAUGAAAUAGCCUGAGAAUCAAGGGAGUUUUAGUUCAGCAGCAUCUGGAGGGCCAGAGUUUGAGGAAGCCUGCUCUAAACUGAUAACUGUGGUCAGUUGAGAAGACAUCACACACUUUUCUCCAGAGCAGAGCUUGAGUACAAUAAAUAAAUUGUGGAAUAUGCAGCUCACAAACAUACAGUUUUGUAAUUGGUUGUAAUGUUGCUGUUUUUGAAAAUAACUUUAUGGAUUUCUAAUUACAUUUUGUUCUCAAUCUCUAAAGGGAACUGAAACCUGGAGAAGAGGUCACUUGGAGAUGA